ACUCAGUCUACGUACUUUGAUUUGUGACGUGUUUUAGUAGUCGGGUUUUCGUGAGAGUUGGCAAAUAUUGAGUCUCAGUAUACCUUGUCUAAAACAAAGCUUUCAUAUUACUUUUAUCUAUUUCGGCUACUUCACACUGAUUUGAACUAGUAGAAAAUACACAAAGGCACUAGUGCCUUUUUUAUGAUUCAAUAUUUUUAAUUCCGAGAUACUCAGUCGAACUGUUUCUCCCACAUCUCAACAGUCUACAUUUUCUAACAAUAUAUUAAUUAUUAUGCUAGUAGUCCAACUAAUUAGUUUACUGGUUGUAUGGAACUCGUCAAAGAAGUCAUGUACAUCUAACAGUAUCAUAUAUUUCCUCCUAUUACUUAUUAUUAAGGUGUAUACUUAUUUGGCAGUAUCGGUGCAGUUUGGGGAGGUAUUAUGCAUUACUAUACCUUCUUGACCAACCAUUAUUAAUGACUUUUCAGUGUUUCAGUAAAGCUGUUUCAUUAUUAAUCGAUAUUAGUAAAUGGAUCAUCAUACAUUGUUGCGUUGUACAAUACAGUACCGUUGCGUCAUCUUGAUGAGAGGAAUAAGAAUUUGCAAAAUUAUCACCAAGGCAAGUUAAGUUGCCCAAAGUGCAUUCAGACAGACGUCUGCGUUUUGUUAAUUUUAUCAGCUAAUUUGGUUUUGAAAGUAUAAGAUAUGCAAGUUAGUUUGGAAUUAUCUCGAAUGUAAGUAAGAACUUGAUGUCGAAGAUGAAAUAGAAUGAAACUGGUAUGUCUGAGUUCGACUAAGUCGUCCAGUGUACAACAGAAGUCCAUGUAGGUUACUGCAUAGCUACUGUUAGUUUAAAUAUGUUCGGUCGUGCGCUAUAACCAUGGUAUGUAAAAGCUUGUUUCUCCCAUUAAGUUGGGUCUGUAGAUUAGCUACUGAGUAUUGAAAAUACACAGGUUUUAUUGUGAACCGUCUGUGCAAUGUUUGACUUCCUUGAAACGGAUCGUAUCUCGACAUAGACAUCUACAAAUUACUGUUUAAGAUGUCUUGUGUGCUAUGAUUUUUACUUUAGUGGUUGAAGGAUAAUCAUUCAUAUUCACUACGUUCCUUCAUCACUUGUUAUCCACUACGAUGUGUAAUGAUUGUUUCUUAUGCGAAGUACCAAACUUUUAAGCGUGAAUCAAUUGAAUCAAAGCGGUUUGCCACUAUACUACACUUUGCAUUGGUUCAAUUUUUACAGCACCUCAGUCUACAAUGGAUGUAUAUGUCCGCCUAUUUAUCUUAAUGUAAUUUUUUUUAUUUACGUAUCUUGUUUUUUAGUUGUUCGGAUCGGUUCACCUUGUUACCUACCCUAUAUUUGUAUAUAUAUUGUGCAAUUUUUUACUCAAAUUGAAUGUCGAUCAUGGAUUGUAUGAAUUCGGUAGAUUCUUCAUCUCCAGUAGUGCAAAAGUCUGCAAAUGACUUGAGAGAAUAUAAAGUGAUGCGUUUAUGCAAUAGGAUGAAAGUGCUUCUUAUAAGUGAUCCGGAAACAGAUAAGUCUGCAGUGUGUUUAUCUGUGAACAUUGGUUCACUGUCGGAUCCGAAAGAACUGCCUGGUCUCGCACACUUUUGUGAGCAUAUGUUGUUUCUUGGUACGAAAUCAUUUCCAACAGAAAAUACCUAUUUGAAGUACAUAACCGAUCAUGGUGGUCACUGUAAUGCUUUUACGAGUCCAGAUAGAACUUCUUAUGUGUUUGAUGUUGCACCUGAAAGUUUGAAGGGUGCGUUGGAUAUUUUCUCACAGUUUUUCAUCUGCCCUCUUUUCACCGAUUCUGCAACAGAACGUGAGGUGAGUGCUGUACAGUCGGAACAUGAGAAGGACAUUAGUAAUGAUACUAGACGUCUUUUUCAGCUAGAGCGAAGCUUGUCAAAAAGUGGUCAUGAUUAUACGAAAUUCCUCUCUGGUAAUCGAUACUCUUUAUUUGAGUCCAGUUGUGCACAAUCGGUGAAUACACGCGAAAAGUUGUUGCAAUUCUAUUCAACAUGGUAUUCGUCAAAUGUGAUGGGACUAGUUAUUCUCGGAAGAGAAUCCAUAAAUGACCUAGAGAAACUUGCAGAAGAUAAGUUUUCGGAAGUUAUUGAUCGUAAUGUUGUGCAACAAUCAUGGAACGAUACUCCAUGGCCUGAUAUAUGUCUCAAGAAAAUGGUAUAUGUCGUCCCACUGAAUGACGUCCAUCAAAUGAAUAUAAUGUGGCCUAUUCCUGACUAUAUUCCAGACUAUACAGCUCAAGCCCCUAGUUAUGUGACUCAUUUACUUGGUCAUGAAAGCCGCGGAAGUUUACUGAGUUUAUUCAAAAAUGCAGGCUGGGCUAAUCGAUUAGCAUGCGGAGUUAGUAGACCAGCAGCUGGGAUCUGUUCUCUGAUUUUGUCUAUUGAUUUAACUUUAAAAGGACUUGAUAAAACUGAUGAAAUUAUGACAAAUGUAUAUCAAUACAUUAACAUGCUUCGCUCUGAUGAACCACAAAAGUGGAUAUUUGAUGAAGAACAGGCUUUAUGUCAAUUAAACUUUCGAUUUAAAGACAAAGAACCACCUUAUGAAUAUGUGACUGGAUUAGCCGGUAAUCUAUUGCUUUAUGACAUGCAAGAUGUUCUAACCGGUUCUUUCUUGGCAACUGUUUAUAAUCCAGAUUUAAUUAAAAAAAUCAUAAGUUGUUUAACGCCUGAUAAUAGCCGCGUCUUUCUAGUCAGUCAGAAGUUUGCAGAUAAAUGUGUGGAGGAAGAACCCUGGUAUCACACUAAAUACCUUGCUGUUAAUAUUCCUGAAAAUACCUUGUCAGCAUGGCGAAACAGUUCUUCUAAUCCAGAAUUGAGAUUCCCCGAACCAAAUUCAUUCAUUGCUACUGAAUUCGAUCUGGUGCAAAACAAAUGCCCCACGAAUGUUGAAAUGCCGGAAUUAUUAAUCGAAACAGAGAUGUCUCGUAUUUGGUACUUUCAAGAUACAGAAUUCAAUCUUCCCAAAGGUUUUAUCACAUUUCAUAUUGUCAGUCCAUUUGCAUUUUUCGAUCCUUUUCAUACAUCACUUGGUUUAAUUUACGCAAACUUAUUUGAGGAUCAUAUUAACGAACUGACAUAUUCCUCUAUGCUUGCUGGAAUGACUGUUUAUGUGAAACACACUGUUGAAGGUAUCAAGCUAUCAUUUUUAGGAUAUUCGCAUAAAUUGAAAAGUUUUGUCAAAGAAAUCGUAACAAAAUUUGUGAAUUAUUAUCAACCAGUUACUGACCGUUUCGAAUGUAUUCGUGAGAAUAUGUCUCGAGAGUUUUCCAAUUUCUCAAUGAAACCAGCUUAUCAACAGUCCGGUGCAUAUUUAACAAGUCUUAUUUCAGAUCAUUCUUGGAUCAGUGAUGAUUUUGUGCGUGCUUUUAAAGAGGUUACGUACGAAAGGUUAAUUAAUUUCAUUAUGGAAUUUCAUGAACGCAUUUUUAUUGAAGGCCUUAUCUAUGGAAAUAUCACUGAAGAGGAUGCAAUAAGUUAUCACGAAAUGGUUCGGGACUUGUUGGUACAAAAGAUGAAUUCUAAACCACUUUUACUGUCUCACAUCUUAACCUCUCGAGAAGUAAUAAUUCCUGAAGAUUCCAGUUUUCUUUAUCAACGAUAUAUUUCUGGUCAACCGGCUUCUGCGAUUUACUAUUAUCUUCAAUGUGGUGAACAAUCUACGUUUAAUGAUACAUUGCUUAAUUUGUUUUGUCAGAUUGUCAGCGAGCCUGUUUUCAAUAAAUUACGUACCGAACAACAAUUGGGUUAUGUUGUACAGGCUGGACUUCGACGAUCCAACAAACUACAAGGUUUUCGUAUUUUAGUGCAAUCAUCUUAUCAUCCUAAUAAAAUUGAUAAAUGUAUCGAAGAAUUUCUACUUACUGUAAAUAAACUGUUAGAAGAUAUGUCUGACGAAGAAUUUAAUGUUCAUGUGCGAUCCCUCAUGACACAUUUACUGGAAAAACCGAAAGGUAUGCAAGAUCGAUUUGGGCGUUUAUGGUCUGAAAUUGCUUGUCGACAUUAUAAUUUCAAACGACAUUUACAUGAAGCCGGUGUCCUGAAAUCGCUGAAAAAGAAUGAUGUUAUCGAUUUCUUUAGAAGGUAUAUGGAUCCAUCAUCAUGUAGAAGGAGAAAAUUAACAGUUCAUGUAUUAUCAAACGAAGAGCAUUCCUAUGAUUCGGAAUACAAUAAUCAUGAUGAGAAGGUAAUUGUUUUAAAGGAUUACACCGAAUUGAAACGUUGUUGUCCUUUGAGCGCUUUAGCAAGACCAUUCAUGGUGUUCACAUCCAAAUGUGAAGGGAACGUACUGCGAUUUUAAUUCGGUUUUCUGCAUUACAUAUUUAGAGAUAUUUAAUAUAUGGGUCGUUCGGUGAUCGUCAAAAUGUGUCAUUUUCAAGGUUUCAUAUUUUCUACAUCAUCUUUACUUUUCUCUUGGAGAAAUUGUGGAUUUAAAUCAACUUUAGACAGAUUUCAAUUAUAAAAUCCCCGGACCAAAAUUAAUAAGAUGUAAUCGUCCCAUUACUUAUGUGCCCAGUUAUUUGCUAAAACAUUAGUUCUUAACUUUUCUUAGUGUUUUGAUCAAUCAAGAUCUCUUCAUGUUUUCGCUGGCUGUACAAAUUUCAAAAACUUCCUACGGUUGUUUUCAGGCUUUUAUAUUUCUCCUUGAUUUUACGGUCUUUUCGUCUACAUAUUCUUUUAAUACACAUCUAAACUGACUGCUUUUUUCUGUAUGAUACAUAGUUAGUACAUGUUCAUUGAUAAGUCAUGACAAACGAUUGACUGUAGAAACAAUCAUAAGAAUAUAUUGCUUUCCAUUUACACAGUUUUAAUUUGAAGGCGUACGCAAGACGAUGAAGCCAUUAUUCACAAAUGACGGUGCUCUUUAUCUCUCUUAUUACUAGUGAACUAAAUUUACUUGUCAAAGACAGUAUCGUGUCUCAUCAUUUUCUUUUGUUCUAAAACCUAAGUUGAGAACUUUCCAUCAUGCAACUAUGAAAGUGAAUGUAUAGCUUGUUAUAUAAGUACAUAAACAACCGUGAGUUAAUAGUAAUGAAUCUAUAUGGUGAAUAUCAGGACAGCAUGUUAUAGAUCUGGUUAACUAUAAGUUUAGUGUCAUUAUCCAUAAAAAUAACAGAUGGAAAUAUCAAGUCGAAGCAAACCACAAUAAUCUUUAUAUUGAAGACGAAAGGCUAGUUUCACUAGCUUCAAAUUCGACAUGUGUUAUAGACAUUCGUCCUGUUAUUGUGUGAUUUCGCGACUCAUUUUGCUGUUUGGACCCUCAUUGUCCAGCUUCUCAGUCUAAGAUAUUGGUGCCUACUCGAGACGCGAGUGACUCAUAGUAAGAUUGGGAUGCAUAUGGUAGAUUGAUCCCUUAAUGGUGACGAUUGUCAUGCUCGUACAGCUCAUAGUGGUUGUUUGAUGAAUGUCAACUCUCAUUGUCUCUGUACAUGAGGGUGCAUGAACGACAGUCUGUUGUUCAUUUCCAAUGUGACGUCCACGUAAUCGAACAGGUAUGUAACAGAAUUAUUAGCACACUCCUCAUCUAUGUAGAUGAUGAGAAUGGAGGAAACUGGUGUUUCAGUUCGUAGAAAUCCCUUUGAUUAAAAGAAAGGGUCUGUCAAUAAUCAUGAAAAAUUGAAGUGUGUGUAAUUUGAAAUUCCAUCCUCCAAGAAGUUUGUAAAAUGAAUGUAUUGAUAUUACAGGCUUCUGGGAGACGUGGAAUUUAUUGAUUAAGAUCAGGACUAUUGUUAAACCCCAAUACAAUAUAAUACAAUUGAAGUUGAGCAACGAAGCUAUAACCACCAACACAGGACUACCUGUAUAUUCAAACGCGCGUCGACCGUCUCCCGAAAAUCUAUAAUUGACUGAAAGUGCUUUCAAACGUAUGAUUGACCUGGGAAUAGUCUAUUGGUAUCGCCUUUUCACAUAGUCUCCGAAAGGGAUAGCAAAGACUGUCCUCCAGCUGUUGAUUAUCGAUGACUUGACAUGAAAUCCACUACCUUGUUUUCCAAUUAUUCCAAAAAUAUGGCAUUACCGAAUACAUUCAUGAAUGCCAGAUUGGAACUGAUACACUCGACUUUCUCGUCCACACUACUGACACUCAAGGUAUUCGCCCUGAGAAAAAAAAAUCGAAACCGCUCUGGAUCACCAAGAAAUGACCAUGAUGAUGCAGUUACACAGAUCUUUGUCGACAAUUCGUACCGAUUUGCGAGUCACAUGGAACGUUUUACAGGCCAAUUUUGUAGAAAUGCGAAAGCCUUCAAUUCGGAUGACAACGCAAAAAAUAAUUCUCCACAGUUGAGGAAAUUAUUGCGAAAGCAACCACACUUUCACACUAGGACGUUAAAGCACCCAUCAGUAUCGCUGUAGAGGUGUCCGACUAGGCAACCUAUUGGACCCAAGGUGGACAAAAAAAUAGAUUCGAGUGAGUUGCUGUUAUAUUGUGGCCAUGAAAAAGAAAAUGCUUUGCACACACAAGGAGUUGCCCGAAGGGCACUUAUAGCAUGGGAAUCACAUGAAUCCAGGAUCAUUAAGGCAUCCUUCA